UUUCCUCCCUAUUUGCUCUCUGCUUUCGUGACGUUUCUUUUGGCGCGCGCCCAUUGGACAUCCACCCCGCCCAUCUCGGUGACUGAUAGCCGUGCAGUGGCUGUCUCCUCCCCGCGGCAGCAAACUCUAUUUGAGCUGGGACCAUCGGAUCGGUAUAGAGAACCGCUUCAGUGUCGUCAAUGGGAAGCGCGAGAGACGGUGGCAGCAGCGAGAGUUACGGUCCAGACUGAACCCGCAGCGGCACUAUGCUCUCCAGCUCCAGCGCCAGCUCCAGCUCCAGCCCGUGGCUGUGGAUUACGCCGUUCCUUCUCCUGUGCUGCCAUGCGGGCGGCGGGGGAGCCCAGAACGCCAAAGAAGUGAUUCUACUGGACUCAAAGGCGCAGCAGACAGAGCUGGAGUGGAUCUCCUAUCCUCCCAAUGGGUGGGAAGAGAUCAGUGGCUUGGAUGAAAACUACACACCCAUUCGUACAUACCAGGUCUGUAAAGUCAUGGAGCCCAAUCAGAACAACUGGCUUCGGACUAACUGGAUAGAGAAGGGCGAUGCCCAGAGAAUUUUUGUUGAGCUGAAGUUCACCUUGAGGGAUUGUAACAGCCUGCCUGGUGUGGUGGGUGCCUGCAAGGAGACGUUCAACCUGUAUUACCAGGAAACAGAUUCCGAGGUUGGCCGCGGCUUGAGGGAGAAUCAGUAUGUGAAAAUUGAUACAAUUGCGGCGGACGAGAGCUUCACCCAGGGAGACCUGGGCGAGAGGAAAAUGAAGCUGAAUACAGAGGUGCGCAUCAUCGGUCCCCUGUCCAGGCGGGGGUUCUACCUCGCCUUCCAGGACGUCGGGGCGUGCAUCGCCCUGGUCUCCGUCAAAGUCUACUACAAGAAGUGCUGGUCGAUCAUUGAGAAUCUGGCCACCUUCCCAGACACAGUGACAGGAUCUGAGUUCUCCUCGCUGGUGGAGGUGGAAGGCAUGUGUGUGAAUGAUGCUGAGGAGGAGGCCGAUAACUCCCCGAAGAUGCACUGCAGCGCUGAAGGGGAAUGGCUCGUGCCCAUUGGGAAAUGUAUAUGCAAAGCUGGAUUUCAUCAGAAAGGAGAUGCUUGUGAGCCGUGUGGUCGUGGUUUCUACAAGUCUUCCUCUCAGGACCUCCAGUGCUCUCGCUGUCCGGCGCACAGCUUCAACGACCGUGAGGGUUCGUGGCGCUGCGACUGUGAAGACGGCUACUACCGAGCGCUCUCUGACCCGCCAUCUGUGGCCUGCACAAGACCUCCCUCUGCGCCACAGAACCUAGUCUACAACAUCAACCAGACCACCGUUAAUCUGGAGUGGAGCCCACCAGCCGACACUGGCGGGCGGAACGACGUCACCUACAGGGUUAUCUGCCGCCGCUGCAGCUGGGAGCCUGAGGAAUGUGUACCGUGUGGUCUGAAUGUGGGAUACUCCCCUGCACAGUCCGGAUUAGUGGAUACUUACGUUAGCAUCACAGACCUGCUCGCUCAUGCCAACUACACCUUAGAGGUGGAAGCUGUUAACGGCGUGUCGGAUCUGAGCAGGACUCAGAGGCUGUUUGCAGCGGUCAGCAUUGCUACAGGUCAAGCAGCUCCGUCUCAGGUCAGUGAGGUCAUCAAGGAGAAUGUGCAGCAGCACAGCAUCCAGCUAUCCUGGCAGGAGCCGCAGCAACCCAACGGCGUCAUCACCGAAUAUGAAAUCAAAUACUAUGAAAAACACCAGAAGGACCGGAUCUACUCCACAGUGAGGUCCAGAUCCACCUCUGCUACAGUGAACAACCUGAAGCCGAGCACGGCUUAUGUGUUCCAGAUCAGGGCUUUCACAGAGGCAGGAUAUGGAACCUUUGGACCCAGACUGGAGAUAACAACCAAAGAAGAAGCCAGUGCUGCGAUUGUCUCCAGUGAGCAGAACCCCGUCAUCAUCAUAGCAGUGGUGGCCGUGGCGGGGACCAUCAUCCUGGUGUUCAUGGUAUUCGGCUUCAUCAUCGGGAGAAGGUACGCUCUCGCGGGCCCCAUUGACUCUCCGCUCCUGCACUGCGGGUACAGCAAAGCCGAUCAGGAGGGAGAUGAGGAGCUCUACUUUCAGUUUAAAUUUCCAGGCACCAAAACCUACAUUGACCCCGAAACCUACGAGGAUCCGAACAGGGCUGUCCAUCAGUUUGCCAAGGAGUUGGAUGCCUCCUGCAUAAAAAUCGAACGAGUUAUUGGAGCAGGAGAGUUCGGGGAGGUGUGCAGCGGUCGACUGAAGCUGCCUGGAAAGCGGGACGUGUCGGUCGCCAUUAAAACACUGAAAGUGGGCUACACAGAGAAGCAGAGGCGGGACUUCCUGUGUGAGGCCAGCAUUAUGGGGCAGUUUGACCAUCCCAACGUGGUCCACCUGGAGGGAGUGGUGACAAGAGGAAAACCAGUCAUGAUCAUCAUCGAGUACAUGGAGAAUGGCUCAUUAGAUGCUUUCCUCAGGAAGCACGACGGUCAGUUCACAGUCAUCCAGUUGGUGGGAAUGCUGCGGGGCAUAGCAGCGGGAAUGAGAUAUCUGGCCGAUAUGGGCUAUGUCCAUCGAGACCUGGCCGCGCGGAACAUCCUCGUCAACAGCAAUCUCGUAUGUAAAGUCUCAGACUUUGGCCUGUCAAGGGUGAUAGAGGACGAUCCCGAGGCUGUCUACACAACAACUGGUGGUAAGAUUCCAGUCCGGUGGACAGCACCAGAAGCUAUCCAGUAUCGUAAAUUUACCUCUGCGAGCGACGUGUGGAGUUAUGGCAUCGUCAUGUGGGAGGUCAUGUCCUACGGGGAGCGGCCCUACUGGGACAUGUCCAAUCAAGAUGUCAUAAAGGCAAUAGAUGAAGGCUACCGUCUCCCAGCACCCAUGGACUGCCCUCCAGGCUUGCAUCAGCUAAUGCUGGACUGCUGGCAGAAAGACAGAGCCGAGCGUCCAAAAUUUGAUCAGAUUGUUGGCAUCUUGGAUAAAAUGAUCCGCAACCCUAACACAUUGAAAACCCCAGUGGGCACAUGUACAAGACCAAUUAGCCCCCUCUUAGAUCAGAGCACACCAGACUUCACCACUUUUCGCUCAGUAGGAGAGUGGCUGGAAGCCAUCAAGAUGGAGCGAUACAGAGACAACUUCACUGCAGCCGGCUACAGUUCCUUGGAGUCUGUGGCCAGGAUGUCAAUAGAGGAUGUGAUGAGCUUAGGAAUCACACUAGUGGGCCACCAGAAAAAGAUCAUGAGCAGCAUACAGACUAUGAGAGCCCAGAUGCUGCACCUUCAUGGUACAGGAGUCCAGGUGUGACACGCUGCGACGGGACGCCUCGGUCAGGGUAAAAACACUAAGGCAGGACUAAUCUGGAGCAGCGCCUGGUCAAAGUACACGGAUAUCUGCUGUGUCUGACUCCUCCUACUGCAUCUGGAGGGAAAUCAUUCCUUUGUUCCUCAGAGAGGGAAUGAGGUUCGUUUCUUCAAAGGGCACUAAAGAGAGGAAAGGGCAAGAAGCAGCGACAAAACUCAACUACCUGUAUGAGAUGACUUGUUUUUCUUUCUUAUUUGUAGACGCGCUUAAGAACUCAACCACAUAUCAAGGGAAGAGUUGGAACAGAGUUUUAUUACCUUAAUAAUGGAAUUAAGCGCACACCAUAGAUGUGAAUUUCCUUUACAAAGCAAACAAAACUUGCUUUGGUUCCUUUUUCUACAGUCUUUAUUUUCCAUGUGCUUGCCACAAGGAAAUACUGUGGCAUCCACAGGACUUGUUUUCCUCCUUGUCCUUGGAUGUGACAACAGGGUAACUUAUCCAGAUGCCGACGGAGCUUUGCGUUGCAGAUUUCAAGGUAAUGUUUAUGCUGAGUCCUGCAGGACUGAACUGGUUGCAGUUUUUGUCUUUCCUUUAACUUGUUUUUAACAUCCUUAUUGCAUCCCAACUUGCUCGUUUGCAGCCCAGGAAACGGGGUAUGUUUCAAUCUUCAAACUUUUAAAGAAGUUUGCACAAUAAAGGCAAACUUUUCCUCUAAUCACAUUGAAAUAUGUUUUUAUAUCAGAGUAGCAAUAUCUAUUUGUCAUAGAAUUCACAACAGGACACAAAGUCUUAGAACUGAUGAAAAUCUGCGAGCACAGUUCAAAGAUUGUAUUCAAUUUGCAGCCACUCUGUAGUUUUGCUAUCAUUCUGCCUAAAAUCUUGCACACAGUUUGUUCCUGCAAAUUGGAUGGUGUUUAAAGGGUGGAUCCCGGAACAGAGGAGAUGUCAUACUGCCUUAAAACAUAUUUAGAUUUAGUAUUUACAAUGUUUUAGGUACUUUAAUGGCGAUGCUUUCUGUGGCUCCUUUAGAGGGUUUUUGUCACUUUUUCUUUUCUUGUGGUGUGUCUUCUUAUCUGUGACUAGUUCUGGUGUGCACAAACUCAGACUAUUACCAGGAAUGACAGAUUCAGUCGGGAAGAGAUUGACUAAAAGAGCAAUAAUUACCAGGGAGAAGCAGUCUUCAACAGAGAUCCUUUAUGGUGCUAUGUAUGAAAAGCAUGUGUAUGCUACUGUGUGCUGACAAACCCUUUGGAAAGAUUCCGUCACCCCCAAAAAGGGGAAGGAUUGUACCUCUGUGACCUAAAAUGCUUUGGAGUGUGCUCAGAAACGUGCCAUGCCAAGUCAUCAAAUGAAAUAAUCAUGUUGUGUUUUGCCUCUAUGAUAUGGUAAACAUUUGAUGAAAAUCUAACACAGCAUGGAAAUGUCAAGCUGAGUUGUCGCAAAGAUGAAAGUGGCACCAUUUGAAACUCUAAAAAGGUGCAAAUUAGCCAUGCUAACAUCAUCCUCUGACACAUUGCACCACCCAGAAAUCAAAGAGAUCCUUCGGGGUUGGCGUCUGAAAAAAACCCGGGACCAAAGGAUGGAGUCUUCAUCAGACGCAGACCUUGCUGGUAAAUCCUUCCGUCCUGGCUCCGCAGGCAGCCGCGCAGCUCCUCUUGUUUAUUUAUGCGUCUCCGCCGCUCAUCCCUCACAGGCGUGGAUGUGACGGAACAUACAUUGAAAUAUGCUCUUUUUUUUCCGCGUGACUUUGUGUGGAAAACAGAGCAGAAGCAGAGGCAUGGGGGGCGGGGUGAAUGAUGUGUUUUAAGGCUGAUCAACCUCGUUGGUGCCAUCUGUUGCUACUUCAAAAACGAAAAAAUGUUUGCUUGUUAGCUGAAUGUGACUUAUUGCAAUUUUCUUUGAUAGAAAGAUGUAUUUAUUCAUCUGUCAUGAUACGGGGUGUGGGGUCACUGACAACAGUCAGUGCUAUUUAUUUCACUGCUGCCAUAACCUCCUAUUAUUGUAUUAACAUAUUCCUGAAUGUUUCACCUUCAGGACAUAGAGAAAUCAGACUUUUAGUGAAACAGAAGCUUGAGUCUUACAUGCUGUCCAAGCUCUGUGUCAUUUCUGUGCUUCAUUCAAACCAUUUUAGACCCAGUCACUAAAAACAAGAGAUGGAAAAAAUGUUUUGCAGCACGAUCACUGCUAUCUUUCUCAUUGGGCAUUUUAAGUUCAACUGACAUGAAAGAAUCAAAUUUCCAGGUACCGUAAUGUCCGGACUAAACAAAAAGAAGGAAAAAAAGGGGUUCACAUUUAGCCCCCACUCAUCUGACAUGAGUUAUUUACACACAAAGACUUUUGUUUAACCUUUAAUGAAUUAUGUACCAGUAAUACAAACAGGUAAAUGCUUUUUCCCAAACGUGCAUGUAACAUGGUCAUUGAGUGCUAUCUUCAUCUUCCUCCUUGUACAUUAAAGCCACUAAAGUCGUCUUCAUCCUCACACAAAUUUCCUCAGUCUCUCUUUGUUGUCACUCUCAAUGUCACUUUCAUCUUAAGGCACAUUUGCUCUUGACCUUGUGCUGUCCUCUUCAUCACACAGCAGUCCAGCCUUUCCAAACCCGCUAACUAAGAAUUUGCUACUGAGGAUGGAGUCUGGCCCUUUGUGUCUUGCCCUCUCCAGUUUAAUGGUAAAAGUAAUGUGCAGCAGCAGCCACUGCAUGCAGGUCAGGUGAUUAGUUUCUGAUGUUUGAAAUUAGCUGAUUGCCAUUUCUAACACAAUACUUUGUCUUCAUCUGUAUUAAAAGUUGAUUUUGUGUGAAAGUUGCAAACAUAUUUGACUAACUGAAAUAAACUGACCCACUUUAUUUUCAAAAUGAACAUAGAAUGAGAUAUGCAUCUGAUUCUUUUUUGCUUCAAGACAGACAGCAGAUGCUGACUUAUAGUAGGUUUUUUUCACUGUGGGCUUCACCCUCUGUGAAGAGACACCAGGAAUUAGCCCUGACCAGAACUCCUUGUCACACACUCCCUUCUUUCAUCUAUACAGCAGAGCUCAGCAGUUGGGUUUCGGCCAGGCCUUUGAAUUGAAUACAGCCAUGAAGUCAUUCAGUCAGCACAAAACUCCCUAGUUUACAGACGGCACUCCCUUUCUCUCACCCAGUCUUUACUUCAUGGUCUGAUUUUCUAACCUGGCUCUAAGACGCCUCACUCCCAUUGGUAGAAGGCCUUUGUUCUUUUUAUUCUGGGCUUGGAAGGCAGCAGUUGAAGCCAAAUUGAGAUUACCGCCAGGUUACAAUUGAUUCAGCGCAUGAAUCACCUGCACCUUUUACAAAUCCGUUUCUGCUUAUUUUAUUGGCAUGCUGUAAUUCAGGUCACUUAGCUCUGGAUAAAAAGGUUUUGAUGUGAAAGAAGGUUAUAAAAUCAGCAGUUUUUUUGUUGUUUUUUUUUAGUAUAAUGUACAAAAAGACACAAAAGAGCUGAGACUCACAGGUAAUGGAGUAGUGGUUGAAAUCAGAAAUGACAGAGUAUGAAGUUAUUUUUCAAAUCAAGAUGUCAAGCAGCUGGACAUUACCUUUUUGGGGAGGAAGCGGAUAAUUUCAAAGACAGCCACACUGUCGAUUGUGUCAGAAGGAGCUGAGCUCUGAGGGGAUCUUUGACUACGUUUGAACUGUAAAACUUGUACAUUUUAUUUAUAUUGUUUUUUUUACACCUAUUACUUAGUAGAGAGCUCUGAUUACAUGGAAAAUGCACUAUAUUUUUGUAUAUCACAGAUGAAUUAUUGUCAUCCACAAGAUUUCAGUUGAACAUAUUUUGUUUUCCAUUUAGGACCAAAGACAGCUGAUAGGAUGUUCAUUUUUAAUCUAGAUUUUGUUUUCAUGUUGCCUUCAGUUUCCUGUACAGUAAUGCAAAUUUUUUGAUUUAAUAUUUAUUUUUUUGUGAUGAAAGUAUUGAGAAUAUUCACUGGUCAAAAAAUAUUUUCCCUAACAGCGGAAAUGUGAGAUGAUUUAAAUUAGAUAAUUUCUUGUUACAUAGACAAUUCUUCUUGCUUUGUAAUCUUUGUAAUAGACUGUACAUAUAUUUUUGGAAAUAUAAUACAAUCUCUACAGAAA